UUCGAAGGAGACACUGACGCCCGCACCCACCUGUACUGCCAUAUUUGUAUAAAUAUUUUCUUUUCCUUCUCUCUAUUUUUCUUCUAAAUCUAAUCGGAAUCUUUGCUAGUUAAUCAACUUUGAGUAGAUAAGACUCGUUGAUGUGUGUCAUCUCAAAGAUUCAAGAUUUUUGUAUUUGGAAAUUAGUUUUCAGUUGAAGCUCUAACCAUUACUAGCUUUACUUAAUAUCAUCAGCCAAUGGGUUCUGAAGGUCCUACAACACCGGUAACAACAAUUCAUGUGACUGGAUUUAAGAAAUUCCAUGGAGUUUCAGAGAAUCCAACAGAAACACUUGUCAAUAAUUUGACAGAGUUCAUGAAUAAGAAGGGUUUGCCAAAAGGUUUAGUUAUUGGGAGCUGCAGUAUUCUUGAGACUGCUGGUCAAGGUGCACUUGUUUCACUGUACCAGAGAUUACAAUCUGCCAUAAGCGCCAAUGACUCUGAAUCUUCAAGUUCCAAUAGAAUUAUUUGGCUCCAUUUUGGGGUUAACAGUGGUGCAACAAGAUUUGCUAUAGAGAAUCAGGCUGUCAAUGAGGCUAAUUUUCGUUGCCCUGAUGAAAUGGGAUGGAAGCCCCAGAAAGUCCCCAUUGUCCCUUCAGAUGGUGGAAUUUCACGAACAAGGGAGACUUCACUUCCUGUUGAGGAGAUCACCAAAGCCUUGGUAGAGAAGGGAUAUGAAGUUAUGUUAUCAGAUGAUGCAGGUAGGUUUGUGUGCAAUUACGUUUACUAUCAUUCCCUUCGCUUUGCGGAGCAAAAUGGGAUCAAAUCCCUUUUCGUGCACGUGCCACUCUUCUUGACAAUAAAUGAAGAGACUCAAAUGCAAUUCGCUGCUUCCUUGUUAGAGGUGCUUGCUUCUAUAUCUUAGUAUCAUACACUCAGACCCUCAAAAGUGGGAGCUCGUAUAAUUGUUCUGGUGUUGGCAUCAUGUUUAUCAAAGUGGAUGAAUGUAUCUUCAAUGAAUUAUUUAUAAUAAAAAUAUCAUAUUUAAAAUGGAAACAGUUUGAAAAAAAUGGUAUGUGUGGUAGACUUGAGAGACAUUUGCUCUAUCAGCUAAUGUUUCUGAUUACAAGUUCCAGCACAUUGUGAUGGCAGUGGCAUCUUCAAUGUUUACCCUGUGAAUAAAUUUUCAUCUUCUUUAAUACUUUUUUCCCGCUAGAUCAUGCUUUAGAAUAAGUGUAUCCCGAUAUACAUGCAGAAUAUGUUCCAAUAAACUAAAAAGAGUUAUAUUAUUUAUAUAAUAUUUACUUCUCUUUUUUAUC